GGAUUAUUUUGCAUUGACAAAAAUAUAAAACAUAUAUAGGGAAUUCCCAAUAGGUUGUGUCAGAGGAAAUCAUUGUAUAAUGAGUGAAUCACAAAAUGGCCAAGCCAAUGUUGGCAAUGUCAAGGAUUACAAUCUGGAUGUUAAAGAUAAUCUUAAUAACAGAUCUGCACCUGUGAGUGGUUCCAAUGUUAAGGGAACAAAGCCUCCAGCAAACAAGGAUUCUAUUCGUUCCAAUUCAACAUUCUCUUGGAAGAAUGUUGGUCCUUGGAAUACCGAAUCCACCAGCGACAAGAAACAUACCCUCAAAGUUGUCAAAAAUGUUGAAGGCUAUAUCAUUGACCAUUUAUACGGUGAUUGGUAUUGGAAUUGUUCCAUUGUCAUUGGAACUUGUUUCUUCUCAUGGUUGGUUGCAAGAUUAGGUGGGGGGUUCUUGUCUCUUGUGUUUGUUUUGCUUUGUACCAGUUCAGUUUAUCGUACUGAAUAUCGUAGAUUUAACCGUAAUAUUCGUGAUGAUAUGAAUAGAAUUGCUUCAAGUAACCGUUUAGAAAACGAAUUGGAAACUAUGGAAUGGCUCAACUCCUUUUUGGAUAAGUUUUGGGUUAUUUAUAUGCCUGCUCUUUCUGAACAAGUUUUGUUUCAAGCCAAUGAAGUCAUGAAGGACCUUGCUCCAGGGUUUGGUAUUGACAAGUUAUCUUUAACUAAGUUUACCCUUGGUUCCAAGGCUCCACGUGUGGAUAGCAUCAAGAGUUACACCAGAAAGGGUCAUGAUCAUAUUGAAAUGGAUUGGGCAUUUUCCUUCACUCCAACCGACACUGAUGGGAUGACCAAGAAGGAAAUCUCAGACUUGAUUAAACCAUUGGUUGAACUUUCCGUUACUGUUGGUAAGGCUUUUGUUUCUAAGAAAUUGCCAAUUAUUGUAGAAAAUAUGUCCUUUAAAGGUCGUAUGAAUGUUAAAUUGAAGUUGAGUCAAAACUUCCCCCACGUUAAAAUGGUUAGUGUUCAAUUUUUGGAAGCUCCAACCAUUGAUUACGGGUUGAAGCCAGUUGGUGGUGACACCUUGGGUCUUGAUAUCAUGACUUUUAUUCCUGGUUUAUCCUCAUUGGUCAAUGGUUUGAUCCAUUCUGGAUUAAGACCAUUCUUGUAUGCCCCUAACUCCAUUGAUGUUGAUGUUGAAGAACUUAUGAAGGCCAACUCUAACGAUUCUGUUGGAUGUUUAGCCGUUAAGGUUAAGAAAUGUACUGCUUUGAAAACUGGUCCAGACACCAAGCCAAACAGUAUCAACCCAUAUGUUCAACUUAAAAUUGAAAAUAAUGCUGACAUUGAAGAGCGUACUAAGGUUAAAAAGGCUGUCAAUGAUCCUGUUUUCAUGGAAACCAAGUACCUUUUAAUCAAUCAAUUGGAAUCUAAUCACUUAAAUUUCAAUGUCUUUGACCUUCUUGCCGAUAAGCCUGAUGAUCAACUUAUUGGUAGUGUUCAAUUCCCAUUGACUGACCUUCUUCAAAAAGAAACUCAAACGGGAUUAGUUAAGAACAUUACUGAAUCUGGAAAGGUUGUUGGUAAGAUUGAAUUUGAUUUGUUGUACUUCCCAAGUCUUCCUCCAAAGAUUCUUGAUGAUGGUACAAAGAUUGAAGUCACUGACACUGAAACUGGUAUCUUGAAGUUGAACCUUCAUGAAGCUAGAGACUUGGAUAUUACUGGACUGGAAGUUGGAUUACUUAACCCAUAUGCUGAAAUCUAUUUGAACAAUGAAUUGAUGAAGGAAUGUCGUGUAUUGAAGCUGACAAACGAACCUUCUUGGGAACAAACUUUCGAAUCCUUGAUUACCGAACAAUCAAAGACUAAGGUUCAAGUCAUUGUGAAGGAUAAUUCUACUGACCGUAUUGUGGGUAAGUUGAUUGCUAACUUACAAGAUAUUAUUUUUGAAACAUCCAGAGGACAAGGUUGGAUUAAGGCUCCUAGUGUUAAGGCUGGCGGACCACCUGCUCACUUCAGAAUCAGUGCUAACUGGAAGGCCUUGGGUAUGUCUAGUGAAGAAGUUAGUGGCUUCUCUGAUGCCGCCAUUGGUGGUUUAAGAGUUCAUAUUCGUUCUGCUAGUGAUGUUGUAAACUUGGAAGCUGUUGGAAAGGUCGAUCCAUAUAUUCGUGUUAUGAUGAAUGGUAACCUUCGUGCCAAGACUGUCACUAUUGCCGACUCUUUGGAUCCACACUUUAAUGUUGUGUACUUUUUCCCUGUCGCCAAUGAACAUCAACAUUUGUUAUUGCAACUCAUGGAUGAAGAGCUGGAAGGUAAAGAUAGAUCUUUGGGUUCAUGUGCUAUCAAUGUUCAAGACUUUUUGAAGAAGAACAGCGAGGGUUACUACAUGGGUUACGAUGGAUCUCAUGAAAUUAUUGAACAACCUAUUUUGUACAAUGGUGACAAGCAUGGCUAUUUGUCAUACUCCGUUUCUUUUAUUCCUACUCUCCCGGUAUAUACCAAGGCUCAAGUUGAACACAAGGAUGCUUACUUGGCCCUGCUUGAAGAAAAGAAGAGAUUGGAAUUUGAGCAACAUGAAAGAGAAGCCAAGUUGAUUAAGGAAAAGCCAGAUGAAUUUGAAUGGAUUGAUGUUUCUGAAGAUGAUCUUGCUGAUCCUCCUAAGCAAUCCAUCCCAUUAGAAAAGGCUAUCAAGUACAGAAAUGGGGUUAUCGUUGUUCACGUUUUGAGUGGUAAGUUCGAUAAGACAGACGUCUACGUACACACUUUGGUGGAUGACAAUGCUUACCCAUCUGGUGUUUCGCCACAAUCUAUCGACAGACAAUUGAAUGUUGCCUCUCAAGCUGAAGCAUUUGUUAGAGAUCUUCCAAACUCCUUACUUAUCUUUAGAUUGGGUAAGAAGGUUGAAAUUUCCAAAGAUAAGGAAAUUCUUAUUGAGAAAACUUUCUCUACCAUGGAUGUCUUGCAAAAAUCUGCAAACAAACCAAUUACUUUGAAGAUUAAUGACAAGAACUCCAUUCAGGUUCAACUUGAAUUUAUUCCUUCUGCAGUCAAGUUGGCUCCAUUGGACACUAUUUUGGACAUUGGUAAGAUUAAGUUGGAACUUCUCAGUGCUGAAGCUUUACCUUCAGUUGACAGCAAUGGUAAGUCUGAUCCACUUUGCGUGGUUAAACUUGAUGGUGUUGAAGUUUUCAAAACUGACAAGAAGAGAAGAACUUUGGACCCAGUUUGGAAUGAAGCUGUCGAAUUUCCUGUUAUGUCUAGAUCUAGACAAAUCUUAUGGUUGGAGGUUUACGAUUGGGAUUUGACUCAUGAUGAUGAACUCUUGGGUAGAGCAGUUUUGGAUUUGUCUAGUAUUGAUCCUUCUGAAUCUACUCAAUUUACUGUUAAGUUGGAUACUGAAGGUAAAAUACAUUUGAGAGCUACAUUCAUGCCUGAAUACAUCAGACCAAAAUUGGACGCUACUAGUGGAUUGCCUAUUGAUUUGGCAGCCGUUGGUGCUGUUCCAUUGAAGGCCGUUGGUGGUGUUGCUAAUAUUGCCACAGGUGUUGUUGGUGGUGGUGUUGGUUUGGCUGCAGAUGGUGUUACCAAGGGUGGUUCGUUCAUUAAGGGCUUUGGUAGAAGUUCCAAGAAGAAGUCACCAUCCAAAUCUAGUUCCAAUGGGGGCCAGCGUGAAGCUAAUAGUGAUGAAUUCUCAGACCUUGCUUCUCACCAAACACGUCAAACAUCCCAAACUAACGCUACUUCGGAGAGUAAUAAGGCUACUGAAGAAGAUCCAGAUAAAUUGAUGAGUGAUAUCCAAUCUAUGCAAUCAGAACAACCAUCUAUUGUUCAUGCUGUUCCUAAUGUCAACCCUGACCUCUUGCCACCAGCGCAAAGACCAAAUGUUGGACAUUCGCGUUCUACUAGUGAUGCUAGUAGUUUUGUUGGUUCCAAUGGUAAUGGAAGUGGGGCUAUUCCUGGUAGAGUACACAUCAUUUCUGGUAGUGGCUUUUCCAGUAAUGCUGCAGAAGUUAAGAUUUCAUUAAAAUCGGGUUCAAAAGAAAAGGAUUUACUUAAAACAAGACAAUUAAAAGCUGAUAAGGAAAAGAGAUUUAAUUGGAAUGAAUCAAUUCCAUUCAAGGCAACUUCAGACUCCAUUCUUGAAUUCCACGUCAGAGAAAAGCACACAUUUGGUAAGAGUGCCGACCUUGGAACUGGCUCCUUGCCAUUGGCGUUAGCUAUAAACCAACAAGAAAAUAUUCCUAUCACAGUUGGAUCUGGUACCAUUCUUGUUAAUGUUAGAUAUAUUCCUAUAAAAUGA